AUGGAGGGGCUCCUGCAUUACAUCAACCCAGCACACGCCAUCUCGCUGCUGAGCGCGCUGAACGAGGAGCGCCUGAAAGGGCAGCUCUGCGACGUCGUCCUCAUAGUGGGAGAUCAGAAGUUCCGGGCUCAUAAGAACGUGCUGGCUGCCAGCAGCGAAUACUUCCAGACCCUGUUCACCAACAAGGAGAACGAGUCUCAGUCUGUGUUUCAGCUGGACUUUUGUGAACCGGAUGCUUUUGAUAAUGUGUUAAACUACAUUUACUCCUCAUCCUUGUUCAUUGAGAAGGGCAGCCUUGCGGCUGUGCAGGAACUGGGCUACAGUCUUGGAAUCUCCUUUCUCACAAACAUUGUUUCUAAGAAUCCUCAAGCUCCUUUUCCAGCUUGCCCCAUCAAGAAAAUAUUGUAUCAGGAUGAAGACGAAGGUAGUUCUCAGAAGAGAAGUGUCAUCGUCUGCCAGAACAGAAAUGAAGCACAAGGGAAAAGUGCCAAUUCAGCACAGCAUGAUUUAAGCCAUACUUCUAAGCCUUCACCUUCAGUUGCUGUCAAAACUAACAGCAGACCACAAGUUACGAAACCAGCUGAAUCACUUCACAACUUAUCGCUGACCGAAAGAAGAUGGCUGAAGGAAAGCCCUGUGAGCUACACCAAGCUUCACGAAACUUCUGGAGCCGCGGAGGAUCAGAGCAGAGGUGGCUUACUGAAAAGAAACACAGCUUUGCCUCAAAAGCCUUCAGCAGAGAAGGAAGGUACAGGUGAUGAACCAGGAGGCAGUGGUCAGCUUUUAAGAGGAAAAGGUGCAGAGAUGUCCUUGAAAAGACCACGUCCCCCGGUGCUGUCUUUGCAUGGCUCCUCAGAAUCGACAUUUUUGUUGCAAGAGUCAGGAAAAGGAAAUGGUCAAGGAGAAGACAGGAACUUGCUGUACUACUCAAAACUGGGGCUAGUAAUCCCGUCAAGUGGAUCUGGUCCAGAAAACCAAAGUAUUGACAGGAGUGGGCCACUUGUAAAAAGUCUMCUUCGAAGAUCAUUGUCCAUGGACAGUCAGGUUCCUAUUUAUUCACCUUCUGUUGACCUAAAACCUUCACAGGUGUCAUCCUCCUCCUCACCGGGGACUAAUGAUUCCCAAGGGAAGACAUUUAAUAUUGUAUCUCAAAAGGCAUCCUUGAAAGAGUCAUCGGAAAAGUUAGUCUUAGAUGAGAAACCGCAGGUAAUGCACCCCCAUCGCCUUAGGUCCUUCAGUGCCUCUCAGUCAACUGAUAGGGAGGCUGCUUCACCUCUCACAGAGGUGCGAAUAAAAACUGAGCCUAGCAGUCCGCUCUCAGAUCCCUCGGAGAUUAUAAGAGUCACCGUGGGAGAUGCUUCAACCUCUUCAGACAAAGACUUUGCUUUUAAAACCGAGGAUGAUCCCAGGGAACCAAUGAGACUUCCAGCUAAAAGGAGACUUCAAGCUGAUAGGAGACUACCGUUUAAAAAGCUGAAGGAGAACGAGCAGGGUUCCCCAGGCUCAGAAGAUAACUUUGAGGAAGGCUCAAGCCCUACGCACCUGGAUGCUGAUUUUCCCGACUCUGAUGUCAGUAAAGAUGAGUACAGCGAGCUGGAAGAAGCACGGCCAAACAAAAAAUUCAAAUGCAAGCACUGCCUUAAGAUUUUUCGAUCCACAGCAGGUCUGCAUCGCCAUGUUAACAUGUAUCAUAACCCCGAAAAGCCCUACGCUUGUGAUAUCUGCCACAAGAGAUUCCACACCAACUUCAAAGUGUGGACGCACUGCCAGACGCAGCACGGAAUCGUGAAGAAUCCCUCGCCCGCGUCCAGCUCCCAUGCUGUUUUGGAUGAAAAAUUCCAAAGAAAACUCAUYGAUAUAGUGAGAGAGAGAGAGAUAAAGAAAGCCCUCAUAGUUAAACUGCGGCGAGGCAAGCAGGGCUUUCAGGGGCCGUCCGCCUCACAAGCACAACAAGUCAUCAAGAGGAAUUUGCGCUCCAGAACCAAAGGAGCCUAUAUCUGCACCUACUGUGGGAAGACCUACCGUUUCCUCUCGCAGUUCAAGCAGCACAUAAAAAUGCAUCCGGGGGAAAAGCCCAUCGGAGGAAGCAAGGUUCCUAAGCAGAAAGAUCACAUUCAUAUUGAAAAUCCGGUGGCAACCAAAGAGGUUUAUCAGUGCCGCCUCUGUAACGCUAAGCUCUCUUCGCUUAUUGAGCAGGGGAAUCACGAGCGGCUCUGYAGAAAUGCUACUGUGUGCCCUUACUGCAGCCUUAGGUUCUCCUCCCCAGAGCUGAAGCACGARCACGAAAGCAAGUGCGAGUACAAGAAGCUCACGUGCCUGGAGUGCAUGCGCACCUUUAAGUCCUCCUUCAGUAUUUGGCGCCAUCAGGUUGAAGUUCACAAUCAAAACACCAUGGCUCCGCCGGAGAACUUCUCUUUACCCAUACUGGAUCACAACGGAGACGUAACUAGCUCAUCAAGAUUGCCUCCUCAGUCGGAAGCCCAUAAAGUAAACAAUUUUGCGGCGGUGAAGGAGGACGGCGUGUUCAGUGACUCGUCAGAACCAAAUAAUUUUGAYUCUGAAGAUUCCUCGUGCCUGCCUGAAGACCUAAGCGUUUCCAAGCAGCUGAAAAUUCAGAUCAAAGAAGAGCCUGCCGAUGAGGUGGAGGAGGAGGCCACCGAGGCCAGCAGAGAGCCUAAAGAAGUGGCCGUGAACAAAGACGCCAGUCUGUGGCCCUGCGAGAAGUGCGGCAAAGUAUUUACCGUGCACAAGCAGCUGGAGCGCCACCAAGAGCUCCUGUGCUCCGUGAAGCCCUUCAUUUGCCACGUGUGCAACAAGGCCUUCCGGACCAACUUCCGCCUCUGGAGCCACUUCCAGUCGCACAUGUCCCAGGCCGCAGAGGAGAGCGCGAAUAAGGAGGCCGAGAUGUGUCCCCCAGCGGGGUCCCCGUCGCCUCCGCCGUUGCCGCCGCCGCUGCCCAAAAUCCAGCCCUUGGAGCCCGACAGUCCCACGGGCUUGCCCGAAAGCGCCGCUACGACUGAGAAGCUGUUUGUGCCGCAGGAGUCGGACACGCUCUUCUACCACGCGCCGCCCCUCUCGGCCAUCACCUUCAAGAGGCAGUACAUGUGCAAGCUCUGUCACCGGACUUUCAAGACGGCCUUUAGUCUCUGGAGCCACGAGCAGACGCACAAUUAAGCGGCUUUAACAGGUUGGGAAGGUGGCUCGGGGGCUGUGUUCCCCAUCUCAGACGUGCGCCGGGUAAACCAGAAAUCUUAAAGAGGAUCGAAACAGCAACAGUGGAAAAAAAUAGGAAUUUGUGAUGCUGCUUGGAUUUGAAGAUUAAAGUAAACUCGCUUUGUCAGUAGGUAGAAGCCUGAGUAAUUUAAAAUAUGGUGGUCUGGGAUCGAACGGUAACAGAACAACUGCAGUUUUGGUGACACUGAAACACGAUCACAUCUGGAUUGUAUGCAUGGAUCUUCAUCCUGUGAUGUUGCUGUGUGCGUGUGUGUAUUAUAUAUAAGACUAUAUUAAACGAAAGAGCAACGACAAUUUGGAUCCUAACUGUGAGUUUAUAAUAGUGAAAUACUGUACCCAACUUUUCCUUGUUGUUGUUUUUAAAAGACCACACAAGCUCCAUAUAAAUAGUUGCUGAGCACUUCCAAGUUAGGGRCAAAGUGGAUGGAGUAUCUUGCUGUAUUGACUUAGGUCUUAGAAAUCUUUAGCAAUAACAAAUAAACCUCAAGUUUGAGUAAGCCUGACGUUAUUGGAUAUGAAUGUUUGAUAUUUUAAGGGAACGUGGAAUUUUUUGUUGUUAUAUGGAACUUGUGCAAGCUAAAAUAGAUUCUAAGGUCAGCAAUAUUAUUACGAAGAUUUUAUAUAAAAAGGAGCAGCAAGCCUGCUUUGAACCAUUUAAUUAUAAGUUUCUAAGAAGAAAUUGGGGGAGGGCGGGUACAUUGCUUUAUAUAAUGUCCCAAAGACUGAUUUACUAUAGAUAUUUCAGUAGCUACUGUCAUUGUAUAAACAACCAUCAUAAUUCAAAUGGUACUCUUUAUAAAUAGGAACUGAGAUUGAAUGGAUGUCAGGCAAAUUUCCUAAUUCUUUUUUUCUGCUAUUUGUACAAAUGUUUGUAAUUCUAACUACAAAGGAAUGUAUAACUAUUAAGCUGAAAAACGAGAGCUUGUUAAGGGAUAGAAGAUUUAAGGUGUGUUUCCACACACAGUAGUGAAGCUUGGCCAUGAGUACAAAGAUAAGUUUUAACAAAGAUUAAAAAUGUAAAUAUUUAUAUAGAUACCUGUGUAAAUGAAGAAGUAUGUAUUUGGAAUUUGUAUUAAGCAUACAUAUCCAGCUCAAAGCAGAGGAAAAAAACCACCACACUACAAUCACUGCAUUUUAUGAAUACAAUGGAGAGAAUAUUUUUCUGCUGCUUUUUAUCAUUUGUGAUCCUGUGUUGCAAUUUUCUAAUUUGUCGAAAGUCAUGGCAAGAAUGGACCGCAGAGAUUUCACACGGCUCCAUUCCUUUGCCUCAAACCACAACUGGAACAUUUAGCAGGAUUUCCCCCAAAGGAGGUGGUACAUGAGCAGGGAAACACUCUCCCGUGGGGAUUU